ACCCCCACCGUGUGCUCAUCUUUUCUCUUCGUGCUUCUGUCUCCCUCCCUGUACCCACCCUGAUCUCUCUGCAGGACCCUCUGGUGGACAUGGGUGGUGCCCUGGGGCCCGCCCUGCUGCUCGCCUCACUCCUUGGUGCCUGGGCAGGGCUGGGCCCGGGGCAGGGUGAGCAAGCUAUGACAGUGGCCGUAGUGUUUGGCAGCUCGGGGCCACCGCAGGCCCAAGCUCGUACCCGCCUCACCUCCCAGAGCUUCGUGGACCUGCCUCUGGAGAUCCAGCCGCUCACCGUGGGGGUCAACAACACCAAUCCCAGCAGCCUCCUCACCCAGAUCUGCGGGCUCCUAGGCGCUGCCCGCGUCCAUGGCAUCGUCUUUGAGGACAAUGUGGGCACCGAGGCCGUGGCCCAGAUCCUGGACUUCAUCUCCUCCCAGACCCAUGUGCCCAUCCUCAGCAUCAGUGGGGGCUCUGCUGUGGUCCUCACCCCCAAGGAGCCGGGCUCGGCCUUCCUGCAGCUGGGCGUUUCCCUGGAGCAGCAGCUGCAGGUGCUGUUCAAGGUGCUGGAGGAGUACGACUGGAGCGCGUUCGCCGUCAUCACCAGCCUGCACCCGGGGCACGCGCUUUUCCUGGAGGGGGUGCGCGCCGUCGCCGACGCCAGCUACCUGAGCUGGCGGCUGCUGGACGUGCUCACGCUGGAGCUGGGCCCGGGCGGGCAGCGCGCACACACCCAGCGCCUGCUGCGCCAGCUCGACGCCCCGGUGCUGGUGGCCUACUGCUCGCGCGAGGAGGCCGAGGUGCUCUUCGCCGAGGCGGCGCAGGCCGGCCUGGUGGGGCCCGGACACGUGUGGCUGGUGCCCAGCCUGGCGCUGGGCAGCACCGACGCGCCUCCCGCCGCCUUCCCCGUGGGCCUCAUCAGCGUCGUCACCGAGAGCUGGCGCCUCAGCCUGCGCCAGAAGGUCCGCGACGGCGUGGCCAUCCUGGCCCUGGGCGCCCACGGCUACCGGCGGCAGCACGGCGCCCUGCCCUCCCCGGCUGGGGACUGUCGUGGCCACCCCGGGCCCAUCAGCCCUGCCCGGAAGGCCUUCUACAGGCACCUUCUGAAUGUCACCUGGGAGGGCCGAGACUUCUCCUUCAGCCCUGGUGGGUACCUGGUCCAGCCCACCAUGGUUGUGAUCGCCCUCAACCGUCACCGCCUCUGGGAGAUGGUGGGUCGCUGGGACCAUGGUGUCCUCCAUAUGAAGUACCCGGUGUGGCCUCGCUAUAGUGCCUCCCUGCAGCCUGUAGUGGACAGCCGGCACCUGACGGUGGCCACGCUGGAAGAGCGGCCCUUUGUCAUUGUGGAGAGCCCUGACCCCAGCACGGGCGGCUGUGUGCCCAACACUGUGCCCUGCCGCAGGCAGAGCAACCACACCUUCAGUGGUGACACGGCCCCCUACACCAAGCUCUGCUGUAAGGGCUUCUGCAUUGACAUCCUCAAGAAGCUGGCCAAGGUGGUCAAGUUCUCCUAUGACCUGUACCUGGUGACCAACGGCAAGCAUGGCAAGAGGGUUCGAGGCGUGUGGAACGGCAUGAUCGGGGAGGUGUACUACCAGCGGGCAGACAUGGCCAUCGGCUCCCUCACCAUCAACGAGGAGCGUUCCGAGAUUGUGGACUUCUCUGUGCCUUUUGUGGAGACGGGCAUCAGUGUGAUGGUGGCACGCAGCAAUGGCACCGUGUCCCCCUCGGCCUUCCUGGAGCCCUACAGCCCUUCAGUGUGGGUGAUGAUGUUUGUCAUGUGUCUCACUGUGGUGGCCAUCACGGUCUUCAUGUUUGAGUACUUCAGCCCUGUCAGCUACAACCAGAACCUCACCAGUGGCAAGAAGUCUGGGGGCCCAUCCUUCACCAUCGGCAAGUCUGUGUGGCUGCUGUGGGCGCUGGUCUUCAACAACUCGGUGCCCAUCGAGAACCCCCGAGGCACCACCAGCAAGAUCAUGGUCCUAGUCUGGGCCUUCUUCGCCGUCAUCUUCCUCGCCAGCUACACCGCCAACUUGGCCGCCUUCAUGAUCCAGGAGCAGUACAUCGACACUGUGUCUGGCCUCAGUGAUAAGAAGUUUCAGCGGCCUCAAGAUCAGUACCCACCCUUCCGCUUCGGCACGGUGCCCAACGGCAGCACAGAGCGGAACAUUCGCAGCAACUACCGAGAGAUGCACACCCACAUGGUCAAGUUCAACCAGCGUUCGGUGGAGGAUGCUCUCACCAGCCUCAAGAUGGGGAAGCUGGAUGCCUUCAUCUAUGAUGCUGCUGUCCUCAACUACAUGGCGGGCAAGGACGAGGGCUGUAAGCUGGUCACCAUUGGCUCUGGCAAGGUUUUUGCCACCACUGGCUACGGCAUCGCCAUGCAGAAGGACUCCCACUGGAAGCGGGCCAUAGACCUGGCGCUCCUGCAGUUCUUGGGGGAUGGGGAGACACAGAAGCUGGAGACGGUGUGGCUCUCGGGGAUCUGCCAGAACGAGAAGAACGAGGUCAUGAGCAGCAAGCUGGACAUCGACAACAUGGCGGGCGUCUUCUACAUGCUGCUGGUGGCCAUGGGACUGGCCCUGCUGGUCUUUGCCUGGGAGCACCUGGUCUACUGGAAACUGCGCCACUCAGUGCCCAACACGUCUCGGCUGGACUUCCUGCUGGCUUUCAGUAGGGGCAUCUACAGCUGCUUCAGCGGGGUGCAGAGCCUGGCCAGCCCCGCGCGGCCGCCCAGCCCGGACCUGACCGCCGGCUCGGCCCAGGCCAGCGUGCUCAAGAUGCUGCAGGCGGCGCGUGACAUGGUGACCACCGCUGGCGUGAGCAGCUCCCUGGACCGCGCCACGCGCACCAUCGAGAGCUGGGGCAGCAGCCGCCGCGCUCCCCCGCCACCCGCCUGCCCCGGCCCGCGGCCACCCACGCCCGGCCCGUCCCCGGCGCCCAGCCCCCCGGGCCGGGGGCCGCCGGGCGGGGGUCGUGCCGCGCUGGGGCGCAGGGCUCCGCAGCUCCCGGGCCGCCCUCCGACGCCUGGGCCGUCGCCGCCAGACGUGUCCCGGGUGUCGGGCAGGCCGCCCCGGGAGGUGCGACGGCCGGUGCAGGCCGGGCGCGGCGGGCGGCACCUCUCGGCCUCCGAGCGGCGCGCGCUCCCAGCGCGCCCCCUGUCGCCCGAGCGCUGCCACUACAGCUCCUUCCCUCGAGCCGACCGGUCGGGGCGCCCCUUCCUCCCGCUCUUCCCGGAGCCCCCGGAGCCAGAGGACCUGCCGCUACUCGGGCCGGAGCAGCUGGCUCGGCGGGAGGCCCUGUUGCGCGAGGCCUGGGCCCAGGGUCCACGCCCGCGCCACGCUUCCCUGCCCAGCUCGGUGGCCGAGGCCUUCGUCCAGCCCCGGUCGCUGCCCACUCGGUGUGGCCGCCCGGCCUGCCGGCGCUUGGCGCAGGCGCCGUCGAUGCGGCUGCCGUCCUACCGGGAGGCCUGCCAGGAGAGCGUGUGGGCCAGGGUCCCCGUCUGGCCGCACAGACAGCACGCCUGCCUGCACGCCCACGUGCCGCUUUGCUGGGGGGCCAUCUGUCCCCACCUCCCCCGCUGUGCCAGCCAUGGCCCCUGGCUCACUGGGGCCUGGGGGCCUCCGGGGCACAGAGGCAGGACCCUGGGGCUGAGCACAGGCUACAGGGACAAUGGAGGGCUGGAAGAGGUCAGCAGGGUGGCCUGUGGAACACAUGGCUUUCCUGGACCUUGUACGUGGAGGCGGAUCUCCAGCUUGGAGUCAGAAGUGUGAGGGGUCAGCUACUGUGGUUCCUGGUCAACUGGAUUCUCUGCCUGGCACUUCCAGGGUUAGUGCAGGCAGGGUUUCUGGAUUCCGCCUUGAAAUCCUGGCCUUGGGUCCCCAGUGACAGAUGUCUUCCAUGGUCAGUUGAGUGACCUCGGGGGUCUCCGGUCCUGGUGUGGUCCGGGUGGGCUGUUGCUGUCCUCUUAUGCAAAGCCCUUCCCGCCUGUCCUGGAGUCACCGGGAGCAGUGAUGUCUCCCUGCCCUGAUAUUAGCUAGUUUCUAGUCAAGACUGCGGGGGGCCUGGUGUAGGAGUAUGGUGGCUGGAACUCGGGGUGGGGGCGGGGGCUGUCCCCCCACCCCCACCCCCUGCCCUCCCUGACUGGAGUUUCUUCUCAUAGUGCUGGGGCAUUAA